UACAACAAACAUUCAAAACCCUAAUUACAACAAUCUCCGAAGCUUAAAAGAAUGGCGGUAUUCAACGUGGUGCAAAAGCGGCGGAGAGCUGCCAUAGCAGAGCGGAAAAGGGCGGUCCAUGGUGAUGCUUACACCGGAAAGCUUAAACAUAAGCCCCAAAACACCACCAUCUCUGGCAAGCGUAAGCGCAAGAUUUUGAAGAAAUGGCGCCGUGACCAAAAGGAGGCAGUUGAAAAGGGACUAAUUACAAUGGAAGAUAUUGAGAUGGCUGUUGCUGAUGCAUCAGGGGCAUCAUCUCAAGAAGGCAAUAAAUCCCCAUUACAAUUUCACAUGAAGAAGGGUGUGAAAAUUAAAUCAAAGCGAGCUGCUAAGAAGGACAGGAAGGGCAAGAACAACAGAAAAUCAGAUAAGCCAGCUUCAUCAGACCUGAUGAUGGAGUAAUUAUUAGAUGGAUUUGCACUCAAAGAUUAAGAUUCACUGUUGUUUUAUGUUAGUAGUGUUUAGAAUGUUAGCUGCCCAAGUUAUUUUUGCUAUCAAAUAUGUAAGAAUGCUGACGAUUGCCUUACAAAUUAAUGAUGUUCAACUUGAAUUUUUGUGAAAA